AGCAAAUUAAAAGUGGGGACACAAUAUCUGAUAAGAUUCACCUGUAACUUGCUUUAUAAACUAUAGCAGAAGCACUAUUAUCUCAUAAUUAGAUAUACAUCAAGUUUGGAAAAUGUUCAAAUUUCUGACGUUCGUGAUUUUUGCAAUUUCUGCAACUUCGACAUAUUCUCAAUUGUUCUUUCCUGAACCUUCUCAAACGGCUGGUGAAAUUGUAGGAAAAAUUGAUGAUGCUCCAUUUGUAACGAGCAUUUAUAUUAAUCGAGAAUUGGUAUGUGGAGCAGUUAUAAUAAACGAUUAUUUUGUCCUUACGGCAGCAGCUUGUAUUAAAACAAGAAAUACAUCAGCAUACACUAUUCGUGCUGGAUCACUUAGUCAUAAUUAUGGGGGUUCAAUUCAUUAUGUUAAUGCAAUAAUAGUACACAAAGAUUUUCAUAUAAAUCAAUAUAAUUUACCAGUGAAUGAUAUUGCAUUAAUUAAAGUAAAUCAACAAUUUCAAUUCAAUGGACAACGUGAUGCUUUGCCAAUUUAUCCUAGACGAUUUGUUGAUUCGACAAGUACGGGUAAAAUUUAUGGAUGGGGUGUAAGAGGAAGUCAAUUGAGAAAAGGAAGCGUUUAUAUUUAUAAUACAAGAAAUUGUAAUGCUUUUUAUCAAGGAAAAUUGCCAAAUGGUCAAAUUUGUGCAAUUGCAAAUUCUUCUAAAACCCCAUGUAAAAAUGAUGCUGGUGGUCCAUUUGUGAUAGGAGUUCAUCUUGUUGGUAUUAUAUCAUGGGGCAAAAAUUGCGAUCUCGAUGGUACUCCCGAUGUUUAUACUGAUGUUAAUUUUUAUCGUGACUGGAUUGAUGGAAAUAUGAAGGAAUUUUAUCCACAUUAAUUUCAAGAAGGUAGCAAAAAUAAAUUUUUCUCCUUUUUUUACAAAAAGAAUCAUGGAAUCUUUUUAGAUGUGAAUAAAAAUAAUUUUUGUAUAAUUUAAUUCAUAUAUCUUUGAAUAAACAAAAAUAGAAUUGAAUAAAUAAAAAUCAGAUGUUGAAAUAAA